AUGGACGAUGGCGCGGCAGGGCUAGCGGACGCUGAGCCGAGCGGACAGAGGCAGCCCAGGAGGCGGGAGAAGAGAGCCCGUCUUCGUAGCCGGGACGAGCGCCCGACAAAACAGGUUCGAAGUGGAAUCGGAAGGCAGAGGAGACGGGAGCUGCAGGCCGAGGACCUGGCGAGUGUGCUGGGCUUUUUGGAGGAAGACUUUGCCAUAAAGGAGAGAUUGUCUAACGAUCAGACGUGGUGUACGCCAAUAUCGCUCGAGAGGAAGGUGUCGACGGUGCGAGACUUUUACCGGGUGUUUCACGAUGCGAGCACGUUGCCGAUACGGACGUGCAUGCUGUGCUACCGCAAGCGGAGGCCGCUCACCAUUCUCAUGCCGGAGCUGCUUUCCCGAGGGCGAGUCCGUCACAUGUUCCCCGAUGAGCUCAAGGGACUCACGCCGGUCGAAGAGAAGCUCGUCUCGCUGAACUCGUGUUAUGGGCACGUCAAGGGCCACAUCACAGUGUUUCCGAACAAUGUGCAGGAGCUGGCGACCAAAGUGCUCCCGCACCCCCUUUUGCAAGCACUGGAUGAGAUCCACGUCUCGUGGCAGGGCGCGGAGAAGCCGGCACCGAGCGACCUGUCGAGUCUCUUGUCGGUGAGGCGGCGGGUGGUCGAGAGGGCCCUUGUCUGGCUGAAGAGGAACAAUCCCCACUACGCCGAGAUCGAGAUCGACGCGGCGGAGAUGGAGAGCUGGGGAGAUCCGAUAGACGGGGUGCCGUCGUCGGUGUACGAUCGCAUGGAGCGGAACGAGCCAUCUGCGUGGGAGAAGGCGCGGACGGCGCACGUUGUGCCUCCCACGGAGCGUGCCAUGGACGACGAGGGGUCGGUGGAGAUCGAGGAGCUCUUCGCCCUGCUCAACCAUGGGCAAGAAGCAGGGGGCCAGGGUGAAGGCCACGGGCCCAACGGAGAAGACGUCGCGGACGUGGAGAAGCUGCGGUUUGCCUGCGACGCUGUUGGUGAAGGUGCCGACGAUGGCCGUGCGGGCCCGAGAGCGUGGGUCGGGUCCUCGGCGGGGGGGGUUCGAGCGCGUGGCGACGAUGGUUGUGAGCCAUACAUCCGGGUUUCGCGGGGGGCCGAAUUUGCCAAUUCCUUUGAGGCGUCCUUCUUCGCCAGGACGUUCCCGACCCUGUUCCCAUUUGGCGUUGGGGGACCAAGGGCUGUCGAGGCAGAGGCGGCCGCGGGAGAGCUCGUAUCCUCUCGAAGCUUGAACCUUCGGAUGUGGGCCGACAUCGUGCUCCGGCGCCAUGGUGGUCGAUUCGCGCUGCACCACAUCUUCGCAUUUCUCGUCUUCAACAUGGGGGUGCGGUCGAGGAACCGCCGGGUCAGCAUGUUGAGUGUGGCGAGGAAGAACUUCCGCAAGGUAGAGCGCAUGGUGCGUUCGAUGACCGCAGAAAGGUUGGGGGCGGCGAGGGUCGAGUUGGAGAGCUCGGGCAAGACGACGGAUGGUGGCGUGAAGGAGCUUCUCAGGAGCCUCUCGCUUUACGGCCACCAACAGCCCAUGUCGAGAGAGGUCCGCCUCAAUAUGCGGCGGAAAAUCCAGUCGCUCAUCGUCGGCUAUGGCGUGCCGGCCAUCUGGUUCACCAUCAACCCGAAUGACAUUACGAACCCGGUGAAGCUGCGACUGGCGGCAUACCGCACACGCGAUCCCGACGCGGCCGAGGAGUUCCUGGAAGGCCUUGGAAAUGCGUACAAACGGGCACGGCUGGCCAUAUCGGACCCCAUGAGCUCCGCCGUAUUCUUCCACCGGGAGAUGAAGCUGUUCUUCGAUCAUUACGUGAAAGUCGGCGAAGAGUCGGUAUUCGGGCGCAUCAGCAAGUACUAUGGCGCCGUGGAGACCAACGAACGAGGGGCGCUUCAUGUUCACGGCUUGCUCUGGUUGCAAGGAAACGCACAUCUCAGCUCGAUGCUUGCCGACAUCCACGGGGAGGAUCAGGCGGCGUAUCGCGAACGAAUCAUCCAAUACGUCGAUAGUGUCUUCUCCGAGGAUCUGGACCAGGAAGGGUUCCGCGCCGUGCAAGCGGAGCGAUCUGUGACGUCCGAUAUUGGUUCCCUGCUAGACAACACCGAGCAGUUCUCGGACGCGUUUGACGAGGAGGCCAACUUCUGUGCCGGCGCUACACAGGUUCACACGCAUAGCCCGACCUGUGUCAAGUAUUCCUUGGGCAAAGGAGCGCGGAAAGGGAAUCUCUGCCGGUUUAAGUCUCCAUGGAGGUUGGUCGACAAGACCGCCAUCACGGCAGACGGGGUGUUGCAGAUCCGGAGGACUCACAGCAUGGUCAAUCGAUGGAACAAGGCUAUCGCUGUUGGGCUCCGGCACAACCACGACAUUUCCUUCAUUGCGACGCAGCGCAAGGCCAUGGCCCUUAUGUAUUAUGUCACGAACUACGCGACGAAGGUGGAGGACCCGGUGUGGAAGCGUGUGGCGGCCGCGGCCGAUCUCCUGGCCGCCUCAACGGGUGACGGCACGGCCAACGGAGGACAGGACGACGGUGGAGGUGCUGUUGGCGAUGACGCCGCCAAGGGGAACAGGACGCGACAGUUCUUGAUGAGGGUGGCGAAUCGUGUGUUCACGGAGCGUCCGCUGUCUCAGGUCGAGGUCAUCGCUCAUCUUCUGGGAUAUCCGGCCGAGUUCACCAACAGCAGCGCCUGGGCGUACCUGAACACAUCUCUGCUGUACUGGGAAGUCUUUCGACGGUGGCCGUAUCUCCGACGAGCAAAUGGCGCGGCGGCCAUAGAUGAUGCUCUGAAUGAGUCGGUGCUCAGGCGGCCGGGCAAGCAUGCUACCGUCUGCCUCGAUGGCUACCUGAGCAAGGACUUCGGCCACAACGACGACGAGGAGUCGUGCCACCGGAGGGCAGCCGUGCAGCAUCUUGCGCUAUUUGUGCCGUGGGAGUCCUUUCUGUGCGAAGAAACAGGUGAGAUCAAUAGCAUCUGGGAGCGGGCGCGAGAGGCGCUGGCCCCGAGAAUAUCAUGUCUCGUCGACAACGUGCAGCUGCUUCGACGAUCAGCCGAAGACGCAAAGCGCGACGCCAAGCAAUGGGCGGCCUCAUCCGGCGAUGGCGAUUCCACGGUCGCCCACGUCGAGGAGGGCGAGACAGGCGAGGCGGGCGCAGAAUUUGCAGCGACGUAUCGGUCCAACAACAUCGGAGACGCAACGCGCCUGAUCGACGUCGUCCGAGGCGCAGUGGGCACGAAUCAGGUGACGGCCAAGUCGCCGGAGCUCAUGGCAAUGAUGCGGCAGCUCUGUCGAUUCCAGCAAUCGGCGCUCUGCUCAACGGCCGAGCUCGAGGCCAUCGCGAUUCCCGAACAAGGGUUGAGGUGCAUAAGCAUGCCAGGGCGGGUAUUUUCCGGGGCCGCACUACCGCCGCAGGAUCAGGUCAAGGCUAUCAAGUCGCAGCAGAUAAGUGCGUCGAGGGAAAGGGAGAGAAUGAUCCAAGGCGGCGAUGCCGGCCAGCUCUGCCAGUUCGUCGGCGGCGAGGGGGGCACCGGCAAGUCGCGGAUCAUUGGGGCACUCGUCGAGCUGUUCAGUGGGAAGAGCCUUUCGAAUCGUCUGCUGAUCACGGCGACGUCAGGGACUGCCGCGGCGCAGAUCAACGGCAUCACGAUCCACUCCGCCUGCGGGUUCACUAAAGACCGAGGGGCGGGCGGCGCGAACACAGCCAAGGACCUUGACGGGGUGCGGCUGGCAAAACGGGCGGAGCGGUUCAUCCACGGCCAGUCUCGGAUGGACUGGCAGGAGAAGGACGUGCUUGUCAUCGACGAGGUGAGCAUGCUCGGAGCGCGGACGCUGCACGCCAUAAACGAGCGACUCUGUCGGCUUCGCGGAUCGCAGAAAGAUUUCGGGGGGAUCCCCAUCGUCCUCUUCUGCGGAGACUUUCAGCAGUUCCGGCCGGUCCAAGAGAGGUCGAUCGUCCUGCCGAGCGCGGCCAUCUCGUGGGACGUAGACAACUCGUUCAAGGCCGAGCAGCGGCACCAGCACGACAAAGCGCACGCGCUGUGGAAGAGAUUCACGACGGUCGUCAUGUUGAACGAGCAAAUGCGCGCCGCCGGUGAUCCGGAAUUGCAGGGGCUGCUGAAGCGGAUCCGGCAGGGUGUGCAGGACCGCACGGAUCUGGACCUCCUCAACUCAAGGUGCUACCGCGAGGGCAGGCGGAUCCCUUGGGAGACUGGCAUCACCGUGGUGACGCCGCUGAACAGGAAUCGGUGGAACCUAAACAUGGAGGCAAGCUUGGCGUUCCGGGUCCAGCAGCGGUCGACGAUGCGCAUCUUCAUCUCCGAGCACAAGUGGAAGGAGGGCCUGCCGACCGAGGAAGAAGCGAUCAUGGGGCUGAAGCUGGUGAACGGCGCCGGCUACUCGGCGGUGGAGGUCAUUGUCGACAAGGCGUCCCCAGGGCAUCGAAUCUCGUCCGACAUGACGAUCCACUUCGGGCCGCCGGCGGGGAUAUUACUGGAAUCGGCGACGACAAAGGACCUCCACUUCAACGACGUCAGCCGGAAGGGAUUGCCGUGCGCAGCAGCCUUCGCCUGCACGGACUACAAGGUGCAGGGCAGAACGCCAGAGCGCGUGGCCCUGGAGCUGCGGGGACACGGACGACGAAAGUCGAUGGAAGGGCCGUGCCUCGCAAUGCGACCCGUACAGCUUAUAUGUGCAGCUAUCGCGCUGUCGAACGCUAGACGGCAUCACGCUCGUGUCCAAGGUGCGGAGAGAGACUUGGUGGGCAACCGAGUCCCCGAAGAGAUGACCGCCGCGCAGGCCAGGCUGGAGGUGCUAAGCGAGAGGACUGUCGAGGAAGCUUUGCGUCGGUCGGAUGGCGACGCUGAAGAGUCAAGGAGAGUUGUCAGGGUGAGGUGA